AUGAAUCAAUCCGAACGAGAAUUCGUUGAUUUUCUUCGAAGUGAGUGCAAAGAUCUUCUCACUGAUUACUAUGAUACCGAUUUCAAUCUCCUAAGAUGGGCUCAGGGAUACGGUUUUAAUAAAGAAGAAGCACUUGCCGAACUCAGAAGACAUCUUCGUUUCCGUCAAUAUUAUGAUCUGGAUAAUAUUCUGACAACUGUUCCAGAUCAUCCGAUUCUCAAGAAGUACUUUCCCCUUGGUCUUGUCGGAGAAACCGGAAAAGAGAAUCAACUUCUUGUAAUUGAAUGUGCCGGUCGAAUCGACUUGAUGGGAAUUCUCAAAUCUGUUCAUUUGUCAGAUUUCUUGAUUCAAAGAUUCAAAUUCCAAGAGAAAAUGCUGGCAGCAAUGAACGAAAUGGAGAGAAAACACGGAACACAAUGCUCAGUAAUCUAUAUUUUAGAUUUGGAAGGACUUAAAUUCGAUCCAGCUCUGAUUAACAUCGUCACGGGACCAUACCGUAUUCUAUGGGCAUCGGUUUACACUGCAUAUCCUGAGUGGAUUAAUACUCUUUAUAUGAUUAAUGCUCCAUCAUUCAUGUCUCUUAUAUGGAAAGCCAUUGGACCACUUCUUCCAGAGAGAACACGCAAUAAAGUUAGAAUUUGUACGAUGAAUUCUGACUGGAAGACUUCUGUUCAAAAACAUGCUCAUAUUGACAACAUUCCGAAACAUUGGGGUGGAAACCUCGUCGAUAAAAAUGGAGAUGGAAUGUGUCGUGAUAUUCUGAAUAUUCCAUUCGAUUCGAUUCCUCAAGAGCUCUAUUGGACACCAAACCUUGAGACUCCGGCUAUAAAAGACCUCAUUUGCACUAAUAUUGGUGCUGGCAAGUCGGCAGUUUUCACGUAUACAGUCGACAAGAGUGUCAUCGAACCGGUUUAUAUUGUUAUCAAUAGAUUCUGCGAUCGAACAUUCGGAAUGGGAAUUUGGCAUGGAGAUGAUGAAACUUCCGAGUUGGAAGAGAUGCAUGAGUUGGCUCCCGAUUUCGAUUAUCCAGGAAUGCCAACAGUCGACUACCUCCGUCUCCGGAUGCCGGGACCUGGUGUCUAUAAAAUCAAAUGGGGAAACGAGCAAGCAUGGAUUCGUUCAUUGACUCUCUACCAUCGUGUGAGAUUUCAAAAUGAGCACAAAGAGAACGUAAAGUAUAUGGAGUUGUGA